AUGGAGACGCUACCUCUCUACACUGAAGAUGCGCAUGGGGUCUCGGAGAAGCCCCGGUGGGCCACCCCACACCCACGACCCAGCCGAAAUACCAUGAUAUGGCGCUAUUUUGUUGUGGUUUGCUUCUUGAUCUGUUACUAUCUGCUCCUGAGACCGACAGAGGCGCCGUGCACAUCGCUGAACUGCUACACACCAUGCGAUACUCCUGGAUGCGCCGCUCCAGAUGCUCCCGUCGAUCGCUUCACACCCUUUGAACCGGAACAGUCGCAGGACGAGAACUACGAACUUGACUAUGAACAACCCAAGACAAAUCAGCGCCCUCUUGCAACUACUUCAGAUUAUACGCAGACUAAGGUACCGCUGGAGGCGCAUAUCAUGAGCAAAUGCCCGGAUGCCCAAGACUGUCUUCAAAAGCUGGUACUCCCGGCUAUGGAGCAGAUCAGUGACAAGGUUAAUUUCAAUCUCUCCUUUAUCGCCAGUGUAUCCUCAAAAACCUCUGAGAUUGAAUGCAUGCAUGGUCCGGGCGAGUGCAUCGGCGAUAUGCUUAUGCUCUGCGCCGCCAACCUGCCCUUCCCUCCGACGGCCGAUGAAUCACUCCUGCCGCAGACCUACCCUCGUACACCUAUUAUCCGAUCGCUGGGCUUCGCGAACUGCCUCAUCAAUGACUUCUCACAAAUUCCUGACCGGGAGUUCGUCCAUCAAUGCGCCAUGGAGCAUGGCAUCGAUUUCGAGGCCUUGAACAAAUGCGCCAGCCAACAAGGUGACAAACUCGGCGGCGGCGGACAGGGAGAGCCAUCGCUCAGUGGUCUUGCGCUGCUGCGUGAAAGUGCGCUUCGUAGUCAGAGUGUUGGGGCUAGAAUCAGCUGCACUGUACGCCUGGACGAGUCGGUCUGGUGUAUUCGUGAUGGCGGCGAAUGGAGAGAUUGUGCUCAGAAAGGCGACGGUGCUAACCCCCAGGCCCUGAUUGAAGAAGUCAAGCGGCUCUGGGAGGAGAGAAACUGA